GUCACCAUCAGGUCGCACCUUCCCGGACAGACUCUCACGAUCCCGCAGCCUGAACCAUUCACAAACCGAUGCGUCACGCAUACCUCGAUGAGUCGGGGUCUCAACAUGACGUGGAUAAGGUCUACAGCGUGGAGGACCAUCCGUCACUGCUCGAUGUGGUGACCAAUCUGCCUAACUCUUAUCAGCCCAUUGGCCUCACUUCUCGGUUUCCCCCCAAACCCACAUUUUACCAGCUUUAGCAAAGACGACUCCGGUUCCUCCUGUUAUCGCCCUGUUCCUAGCCCACUGCGACGAUGGCUACUAGGAACUACAGACACACGGAUAAUGUCCCUACAGGGUUUGAGUCUUUCGUACUCGGAGAGGGACAGAAGAAGAUCACCGAGACGGUGGUGACUGGCAUGUCGAACACCUCGGAUUUCACGAUCCAAAAGGAAGACCACACGCUGGGCAACCUGCUCAGCGAGCAUCUAAAGAUGGCGCCCAACGUCAUGAUGGCCGGGUACAAGGUCGGCCACCCUAACGUGCCGGAAGUCCUGUUACGCGUCCAGACUGACGGCACCAUCACUCCCCGCGAGGCCGUUGUGCGGUGCUGCAAGCAACUCGUGGCCAUGUAUGGCCAGCUUGGUCGCGAGUUCCAGAAGGAGCUUGCGCUUCGCAAGUAUGCCGAUCAAAGCGAGAACGCCGGUGCUGAGGGUGCUGGAAAUCAGAAUGGGUCCUAGGAAGCUCGGCUUUUGCCUAUCUAGAGGGGCUUGGUCGGGGC